GUGAGAAAUCAGUGCUCCUCUGCUGGGCGCUCUCUUUAUCUCCCUCUCCGAGAAGAAGCAUUCCUCUGUGGAAUGCGCUUCUCCUGAGCUGAUCUCUCCUUUCGUCUCGCUGUCUCCCUGCGUCUGCGUCGGUGACCCUCCGCGAAGAGCAAGAGAUCUUUCGCUUUCGCUUAGGGAUCGUCUGUAUUAAGGUGCUCAACGAUGACGGUGACACCAAAAAUCUCCAUCAAUGACGGGGACCUUGUGGUUCACGGAAAAACCAUACUCACAGGGGUGCCGGACAACAUUGUGGUGACUCCAGGUUCUGGAGUUGGGCUUGUUGCUGGUGCAUUCAUUGGGGCUACAGCCUCUCACAGCAAGAGCCUUCAUGUUUUCCCUGUUGGUGUUUUAGAGGAUCUUCGGUUCAUGUGCUGCUUCCGGUUCAAGCUCUGGUGGAUGACUCAGAGAAUGGGAACAAGUGGGAGAGACAUCCCGCUUGAGACCCAAUUUAUGCUCGUAGAGAGCAAAGUCAACACAGAAACAGGGGAGCAGGGUGAUCCAUCGACCAUUUAUACAGUCUUCCUCCCUCUCCUUGAAGGCCCAUUCCGUGCUGUUCUUCAAGGCAAUGACAAGAACGAGCUAGAGGUCUGCCUUGAGAGUGGAGAUAGUGCUGUUGAAACGAACCAAGGUCUCUACCUUGUCUAUAUGCAUGCCGGGACUAACCCCUUUGAAGUUAUCAAUCAGGCUGUGAAGGGUGUUGAGAAACACAUGCAAACUUUCCUUCAUCGAGAGAAAAAAAGGUUGCCUUCUUUCCUUGACUGGUUUGGUUGGUGCACAUGGGAUGCGUUCUAUACUGACGUCACAGCAGAGGGAGUUGAUGAAGGCCUUAGGAGCCUAUCUGAGGGAGGGACACCUCCAAGAUUCCUUAUCAUUGAUGAUGGUUGGCAGCAGAUUGAAAACAAAGCCAAGGAGGAAAGUGCUUCCAUUGUACAAGAAGGAGCACAGUUCGCUAGCAGGCUGACUGGCAUUAAAGAAAACUCAAAAUUCCAGAAAAAUGGCCAGAAUAGCGAACAGGUCUCAGGAUUGAAACAUGUCGUUGAUGAAGCCAAGCAGCAUCGCAAUGUCAAGUUUGUCUAUGUAUGGCAUGCUCUUGCCGGUUACUGGGGCGGAGUAAAGCCAGCUGCUGCUGGCAUGGAACACUAUGACACUGCUCUGGCAUAUCCAGUCCAGUCCCCAGGUGUACUUGGCAACCAGCCAGACAUUGUCAUGGACAGUCUCUCUGUUCAUGGCCUGGGUCUGGUGCAUCCAAAGAAGGUAUUCAACUUCUACAACGAGCUUCAUGCCUACUUGGCUUCAUGUGGAGUUGACGGAGUGAAAGUAGAUGUUCAGAACAUCAUCGAGACUCUAGGCGCUGGUCAUGGGGGAAGAGUGUCUCUUACCCGCAGCUACAACCAAGCCCUUGAGGCUUCCAUUGGUCGAAACUUUCCCGACAAUGGAUGCAUUGCUUGCAUGUGCCACAAUACAGAUGGGAUUUAUAGUGCCAAGCAGACUGCUAUUGUGAGAGCUUCUGAUGACUUUUACCCCAGGGAUCCCGCGUCCCACACCAUACAUAUUUCGUCUGUGGCUUAUAACACGCUUUUCCUUGGAGAGUUUAUGCAACCUGACUGGGAUAUGUUCCAUAGUCUUCAUCCAGCAGCAGAAUACCAUGGUGCUGCUCGUGCUGUUGGAGGCUGCGCAAUAUACGUGAGUGACAAGCCAGGCAACCACAACUUUGAGCUUUUGAAGAAGCUUGUCUUACCAGAUGGAUCCGUUCUACGUGCACAAUUGCCUGGUAGGCCUACACGUGAUUGUCUCUUCGUUGAUCCAGCGCGGGAUGGAAUCAGUUUGCUCAAGAUAUGGAACUUGAAUAAAUGCACCGGAGUGGUCGGAGUAUUCAACUGCCAAGGUGCUGGCUGGUGCAAGGUUGUAAAGAAAACUCGCAUACAUGAUGAAUCACCUGGUACCCUCACAGGCUCUGUCCGUGCCACGGAUGUUGACCUCAUUUCCCAAGUGGCCAGUCCGAAUUGGAAUGGAGAGGCUAUCGUUUAUUGCUACAGAUCAGGGGAGGUGAUUCGGCUGCCGAAAGGUGCUUCCGUCCCUGUUACUCUCAAGGUUCUAGAGUAUGAGCUUUUCCACUUCUGUCCACUGAAGGAAAUUGCAUCUAACAUCUCUUUUGCUCCAAUUGGCCUGCUCAACAUGUUCAACUCUGGUGGUGCCGUCGAGCAAUUCGACAUCCACAUGGCUUCUGACAAGAAACCGGAGCUUUUUGAUGGGGAAGCUUCUUCAGAGUUGACCACUUCCCUCAGCGGGAACCGUUCUCCUACUGCGACGAUCGCACUCAAAGUGAGGGGAUGUGGACGAUUCGGCGCCUACUCUUCUCAGCGGCCAUUGAAAUGCACCGUGGGCAGCGUUGAGACAGAGUUUGUCUAUGACUCGGCCACGGGUCUGUUGACGGUGAACCUCCCCAUCCCGGAAGAAGAGAUGUACAGAUGGCCGGUGGAGAUUCAAGUUUAAGCUCUGUUAUUGUAGUAAUGAAAUAUUGGAUUAGAGUGAGGAGGAUCAUGUUGGGGUGGGAUUUGUAAGGGCGAUGGUGGGUUGGUUUCUUCAUUGUCAAGGUAUUGGAGAAGGGGAGUGAGGAAAAAGACCCUUUGACACAGGGCAUUAUCACUUAGCCUGUAUGCUUUCCUUCUAUGCUAAUAAAAAGUGCUAAUGAAUUCCGAAUC